CCUCUUCCUCCAAAUGCUACUCUUGCUUAAAUUAUGAGACACUCAGAGGAGGUGGCAAAGAGAUACAAAGCCUUGACCUGCCUUCACUCAGCAGUGAUUGAUGAAAUUUUCAACAGAAUCAUGACUUGUGAGACAGCCAAAGAGGCCUGGGACAAGCUAAAAGUGGAGUUCCAAGGUGAUAACAAGGUAAGAGAAAUGGAGGUUCUCAAUCUGAAAAGAGAGUUCGCACUCAUUAGAAUGAAGGAUACAGAGACAGUGAAGGAGUUCUCCGACCGACUGAUGAAGGUGGUGAACAAGAUAAGAUUGCAAGGGGAAGAACUGUCUGAUAAGGCAGUAGUUGAGAAGGUUUUGGUGAGUCUACUGGAGAAAUUUGAGCACAAGAUCUCAUCCUUGGAGGAUUCCAAAGAUCUGUCUCAAUUCUCCUUGAAUGAAUUAGUCAAUGCUUUGCAAGCUGUGGAGCAAAGAAAGGCUUUGAGGCUUGAAAACAAUGUUGAAGGAGCAUAUUUGGCAACUGAAAGAGAUAAAGUAGUAGCCGAAGAUGAUGAAAACAAGCAGCUCGGUGAUCAAAGAAACCAAGAAAAGGAAGGGUAUCAAAACAACAAAAAGGAGAGCUAUGCAUCUUGCUCUCAUUAUCUGGUUCAGCAAGCCAAAAUUGCAGAAAUUGUUGAAGAGGAAGAGCAUCUAUUUAUGGCUACAAAGACUGGAGAUUGUAGUGCAGCCAUCUUAAGCAGUGACUCUUGGUUGAUUGAUAGUGGUUGUACAAACCACAUGACCCCAAAUGCAGCCAUAUUCAAAAGCCUUGACAGAAAAUACAAUUCAAAAGUCAGACUAGGAAAUGGAGAAUUGAUGGAGGUCAAAGGUAAGGGAGUAGCUGCUGUUGAGACACAAACAGUAGAAGAUGAAUUUGGUUCAAAAAUGUUUACUGUUAGAAUAAAUGAAAGGAGUUUUCCUAUUCAAUGGAAACAAAUUGAAAUUAGUCCAAAGGCUAGUGUUGUUGAUGUGAGCAAAAGCGAGGAAUUUGAUGAAAGUGCAACUUGGAACUGGGAAAGUUCGAAAUUUGUUGCUGCAGAUCAAGUUCUUGUAGCAAAUGAUGAACCAAUAUUUGAUUUUGGGAAUGAUGAAUUUGAGCAAGAGAAUGAUGAUGAAUUUGAUGAUGUUUUUGCUAUUAGAGGGACCAGAACACAAGUUGACAUCUAUGAAAGGUGUAACAUGGUCAUUGAAGAACUUGCAAAUUAUUUAGAAGCUACAAGAUUGAAGGCCGGGAGAAUUACAAUGCAGGAGGAGUUUGCUAUGAAGAGUUGCAAAGCUGUUAAUGAUUCACUGGUUCUCGGAGAAAAAUUCAAAAAUGAAGUUCAAUUAGUUUAUUGCAAUUCAGAGGGGCAGAUAGUUGACAUUUUGUACAAAGGGUUUGCAAAAAUCCAGGUUCAAGCUAUUAAGAGAACAAGUUGGAAUGUGCAGCCUUGAUGUCAAGGAGGAGUGAUGGAAGUUACAUGAAGUAGCUUAGGUGGCAGUAGCAGUAUAUCAGUGCCAUCAAGCUGCCCAAGUUCAGUUUGGUUAAACUGAAACUAACCAAACUGUUUUGUGUCUUUUUCUAGUCAUAUUUCUAGUUGGAGUUAUGUGAUGAUGUGUAUUAUUUUUUAUGAUAAAAUAUUAUUGUAAAA